GGAAACGAAUGUGAAUCAACCAAAAGCAAAUCAAAGCAAAAGCCUAUUACUCUUCUGACUCAGACUGACCUAAGGAAAAUCCCACCUUUCUUGGGUUUGUGAUGCAGAUUCAGUGCACCUGGACGUGCCGUGAGUUGCGCUUCAGGCCGUCCACGUUUACAACGUUUUCAAAGCAUUUGCAAACAAGGAUUGGCUAUAUUGGUAGUAGAAGACGAGGCUCUAAUAAUUCUCUUCUGGUCACCAUGUCUGCCGUUUCAACUGAGGUAGUUCCAAAUCAGAAUGAGUCGACUAAGAAUACCCAGCGCCCUUUGCAGAUUGCUAAGCGCUUGGAGAAGUUCAAAACAACAAUCUUCACCCAAAUGAGUAAUCUUGCUAUUAAACAUGGAGCAAUUAAUCUUGGUCAAGGCUUCCCCAACUUUGAUGGUCCUGAGUUUGUAAAAGAAGCGGCUAUUCAAGCCAUUAGGGAUGGGAAGAAUCAAUAUGCUCGUGGUUAUGGAGUUCCAGACUUUAAUAAUGCCAUUGCUGAGCGAUUCAAGAAAGACACAGGACUUGUGGUGGACCCUGAGAAAGAAAUCACUGUUACCUCUGGUUGCACAGAAGCAAUUGCUGCAACUAUACUUGGCUUGAUAAAUCCCGGUGACGAGGUUAUCCUUUUUGCUCCUUUUUAUGAUUCUUAUGAAGCCACUUUGUCCAUGGCUGGUGCCAAUGUAAAAGGUAUAACGUUGCGCCCUCCGGAUUUUGCUGUCCCCAUCGACGAGCUCAAGUCAACAAUUUCUAAGAAUACUCGGGCAAUUCUUAUAAAUACACCACAUAAUCCAACUGGAAAGAUGUUCACCAGAGAGGAGCUCAGCGCAAUUGCAUCUCUAUGUGUCGAGAAUGAUGUGUUGGUUUUCACUGAUGAAGUAUACGACAAGUUGGCUUUUGAAAUGGAUCACAUUUCCUUUGCCUCUCUUCCCGGAAUGUAUGAGCGAACUGUAACUAUGAAUUCCUUGGGCAAAACAUUCUCCUUGACUGGGUGGAAGAUUGGCUGGGCAGUAGCCCCUCCACAUCUCACUUGGGGAGUGCGGCAAGCACAUGCUUUCCUUACAUUUGCUACCUCCACUCCAAUGCAGUGGGCUGCUGCAACAGCUCUUAGAGCCCCAGAGUCAUAUUACGAGGAGCUAAAGAGGGAUUACAUGGCAAAGAAGGCCAUUUUGGUGGAUGGAUUGAACGCUGUCGGUUUCAAGGUAUUCCCAUCAAGCGGGACUUACUUUGUGGUUGUCGAUCACACUCCUUUUGGGUUGCCCGAUGAUAUUUCCUUCUGUGAGUAUUUGAUCAAGGAAGUUGGAGUUGUAGCAAUUCCAACGAGCGUGUUUUACUUAAACCCAGAAGAAGGAAAGAAUUUAGUUAGAUUUACAUUUUGCAAGGAUGAGGGAACUCUUAGAGCUGCGGUAGAGAGGAUGAAGGAGAAGCUGAGAAAAUAAAUUUAAAUGCAUGGUUGGAUUAAUCGAAUGUGAAAGUUUCAUAGGAUGAAAAGAUUAUUGUAAACUCAGAAAUUAAGGUUGAAUGUGUUCUCCCCUGAAAUAUGUAGACUAUCUUCUCAGCUUCUGAACGAAUAAAAAUUUGCUCAAAUAACCUCAUUCUUGGAUGACUGUCUAGCUAGAAAUACAAUUGUAAUUGUAUUUUUUCGGGGAAGAUACUAGAAUUUUCUUAUUUUUGUUUUCAGUAUGUUAUUAUUAUUGAGUUCAGAAAAAAAAAAAAAUGUUAUUAUUACUGAGGUGCUUCCUGAAAUACAAACAUGAAUGCUUGCUUGAGAUAAUAAAGGUGACGGUCUCUACGGCAGAGUCCAUUAGUAGAUGA